AUGACGAACGUAUCCAUCUGGCUCAUGGCCAUCUUGGCCGUAACCGCUGUCUACCAGUCUGUCGAUCUGGGUCUCAAAAAACGGCUUGCACGACAGAUUGACCGAGUCCUCUCCCCAGAGACUAUCGAGUACAGCUACACAAAUGGCGACCGCCCUCACCAGCUUCCUGUGCAACUUAGUCAGGUAGCCCUCACCGUUGAGUGGCUGGACGACGAGGUGUACGGGCUGUACGCCGACGACGACUGGGAGUCCCUCUUUCCCUUUGGUCGAAGCGGGUUCGUCACCUUGGGCCCGAAUCAGGAUCACUUCGCGGUCGGGAUGUACCACCAACUUCAUUGCCUGGACGUCUUUCGUAUCUCGUACGCAGCAGCACGAGCGCACGCCCUCGUAUACCCCGGGAACGGCACGCAUUUCGAUAACCACUUCGCCCAUUGCAUGAACUACAUCAGGGAGAUGUUGCUGUGCAACGCGGACCCUACGCUGAUUCCGGCCAAGCCGACAGGGACGGAGGGAAGGUACAUCUCCAGAAGCAUUGGCGUCACUCACCAGUGCCGCGACUGGACCCAGUUGAGGCAGUGGGUAGAGAAGAACAUGAUGGAGGCAAACCGUACCGGCGCGAUUCUGUGA